UUCUCUCCUUCGGCUAAUCAAACAGAGUUGGCAGCAGCCAGCGCUCAGCAGCUGAGAGAGUUCCAUAAUUUCAACCUACAACUCUGGUUUAGCGAAUGCAUUUUCAAACCCAAAAGAAGUUUUAGCAGUGAGAAUCGAUGGGCUACAGCACAGAAUCAAAAUGGUUUACAGCCACCAUAACCUUUGCGCUCGCAGCUCUCUCCGCCUCCACUGCCUUUUCUUUGUAUUUUUGGAAAAGAAAAUCGAGGGAUUUGGAUUCCAAGAUUGGAGAGCUCGAGAAAUCUCUCAAGGCCUCCUUAGACAAUUGUGCUGCUGAAAGGCAAGGCCGAAUUCGGGCUCAGCAGGCUUUGAGGAAAGCACUAACGCAACCUAAGUUGGAAAAUGUGGAGCUGACAUCUUACCCCAUGGCACCUAUUGGUGUCAUCCAGUCAUGCUUCUCUACCAGGAAUGGGACGCCCAGGCAACCUGUACUUGUGCCUCUCUCGAGGGCCUGUUUGAUCUUUAAUACAGCUCGUGUUCCUCCAGCAUCACUUGAGGGUCUUGGAGAAUAUUCUCACUGCUGGGUUAUAUAUGUUUUCCAUCAAAAUACAAAUCUAGAGAAACUUUGGAAAGAUCCAACUAAGUCAAAGUUCAAGGCCAAGGUAAGAGUGCCAACACUAAACGGUGAAAGGAAGGGACUCUUUGCAACAAGAUCUCCACACAGGCCAUCCCCCAUUGGACUCAGUGUUGCCAAGGUGGAGGCUGUACAAGGGCAUAUGCUUCUACUCUCUGGUGUGGAUUUGGUUGAUGGGACACCUGUACUCGAUGUCAAACCUUAUAUUCCCUACUGCGACAGCAUUCAAGGAGCAAGAGUGCCAAAGUGGUUAGCGGCGGACAGUAUAUUAGCAGUAGCUUCUGUUAGUUUCUCUGAGGUGUUCACUUCCACACUUGCUGAUUGCUGGGAAAUGGCAGGAAAUAAUUCACUCUAUGCUUCACCAGACAAGUUCCAAAACUUGAUAAAGCAGGUGCUUUCAUGGGAUAUUAGAUCAUUGGCUCAACGAAAUCGACCUCAUGAUUCCUUCAUUAACUCAGAAAAUGGUAAACAGUUGAAUGAUAGUUCAGACAAUGACCACGAUGAAGAAGCUUCGAGCCCUGGAAAUGAGCAGCCCCCAAGUUCUUCUGGGGACAUAAUGUAUCACCUAACCCUAGAAGGAUUGGAAGUUUCGUACAGACUCAAUUCUGACUUCAGUGUGGUUGUAGAGAAAGUAAAAGAAGUAUCAAACAUCACAAACAGUCGUCAAAAGCGAUGUAAUUACUCUAUGUGGAGGGUCUGAUUUGUGUUCUUUGAGACCUGUUAUUGUUGUUUCAAAAUUUUGGAUUGUUUGUAUUGUUCAAAUUCCAAUUCUUUUUUUCUUUUUCUUUUUUUUGGGACAACCUAAUAGGCUGACUCCUAUAUCAUUUUGUAGUGGAGAUAAAUAGAACAAGGAUUUGAAACUCGGUUUAAGUUACAUUGCUGGCCA